AUGCCGCUUCAAAACUAUCCAAGGUCACUAUCCAAGUGUACGGAAGCCGAACAGGCUGUCAUACGGGCUGAAAUUGUGAAACUACUUCACAAAGCUGUAAUUAUUCAUGUACAACAUGAACCUGGAGAAUUCAUAUCUCCAAUUUUUGUACGCCCCAAAAAGGACGGCACAAGUCGAAUGAUUUUAAAUCUGAAAGAUCUUAAACAGCAUGUAGAAUACCACCAUUUUAAAAUGGAAACACUCAUUGAUGCUAUCAGGCUUAUGACCCCUAAUUGUUUUAUGGCGUCAGUGGAUCUUAAGGACGCGUAUUAUUCGGUCCCUAUUGCCAAGCCACACCAAAAAUAUCUAAAAUUUGCAUGGGAAGGUUCACUAUAUGCAUUUACAUGCUUCCCAAACGGGCUUGCUAGUUGCCCACGGAAAUUCACAAAACUUCUUAAACCAGUAUAUGCAGUUUUGAGAAAACUGGGACACAUUUCGUCAUUGAUGAUUCAUAUCUACAAGGGGAUGACUAUGUCAGCUGUCUAGAAAAUGUUAUAGACACUGUCCGACUGCUAUUUACACUAGGGUUUGUUAUUCACCCUGACAAAUCUGUGCUUAUCCCAACACAGAGACUAAUAUUUUUAGGAUUUAUACUUGAUUCAGUUCUAAUGAGAGUCUAUAUGACACCUGAGAAAGUAACUAAGGUCAUUGAGAUGUGCUCUAAACUAUUAAAGAACACUUCGCCGACCAUCAGAGAAGUCUCCCAAGUCGUGGGAUAUAUAAUUUCGACUUUCCCAGGAGUCAUGCUAGGGCCACUCUUUUUUCGACACCUCGAAGGUGUGAAAUCGCAAGCCCUUAAGGUCAACAAAGGCAAUUUUGACUCUCUAAUGACAUUAAAUGAUGAGGCUAGAGAGGAGUUGACCUGGUGGGUCAACUCUGCCCCAGACAGCUACAAUGUUGUGAGCCAUGGGCUACCAGCUAUUGUAUUAACCACAGAUGCCUCUUCUACAGGUUGGGGUUGUACCCUGGGUGAAACUAGGACAGGGGGAAACUGGACCAAAGAUGAGGCACAACAUCAUAUAAACUACCUAGAGUUGUUAGCUGUCUUCUUGGCACUGAAAACCUUUGCAAACUCUUUAGCAGGAAAACAUGUAAAAGUUAUGAUUGAUAAUAUGACUGCGCUAUCUGAUAUUAAUCACAUGGGUACCAGUAAGUCAGAUUUACGUAAUGCACUUAGCAAAUCUAUGUGGCUCUGGUGUCGUGCAAGACAUAUUUGGCUUACAGCUGUCCACAUUCCUGUGGUAGAAAAUGUUGAAGCUGACCAUCAGUCUAGAAUCACCAACACUAGUGCUGAGUGGUCACUCAAUAAACAGAUAUUUUAUGAUGCAAUAUCUAGAUUAGGGGUAACACCCGAUAUAGAUCUGUUUGCUUCAAGAAUAAACUACCAAAUAGAACCAUAUUUGUCUUUCCAUCCUGAUCCAGGACCUAUAGCUGUAAAUGCUUUCCAUAUGUCAUGGAAGAGCUAUCAACCUUAUAUAUUUCCACCGUUCUGUCUCAUUUCUAGAAUUUUCCAGAAAGUCCAGGAGGAACAGUGCACUGUUGUUGUGGUAAUCCCAAGAUAGCCAACUCAGACAUGGUGGCCAAAACUAAUGAGUCAACUAAUAGCUCAACCAAUACUAUUACCGAAAACAAAGACGACACUGAUCCUCCCGAGCAAUCCGGAAGCAAUACAUCCACUGUAUCCGCAUCUAGAGCUAAUAAUCUGCCACUUGUCUGGAAAUCCCUUGAAGAACAAGGCAUUUCAGCAGGUGCUUCCAACAUUAUCGUCCAAUCUUGGAGACAAGGGACUGCCAAACAAUAUAGAUCUUACCUCCAGAAAUGGGAACUUUACUGUAACAAGAGGAAAAUUGAUCCAAUUCAUCCCACUAUAUCAGAUGGAAUAAAUUUUUUAUCAUCCCU